GCGAAAAAAACUGACAACUCCCGAUGGUGAAGCUGAAAAAUCUCGCAUCGCUUUAAAAUUAGUGAAAAUUUUAAAAUUUUCCGAGUAUUUCCGUUCGGAACGACGCGGAAUUGCAAGUUGAAGGUAAAUUUGAUUGCGUUUCACAUUUUUCUACACUUCGUUGGGCGAAUUUAGCAAGGGCUACGCUGGAAAAGUGAAUUUUCCAAGCCGUCAGCAGUAAGCAAACAAAGAAGCCCUUGCAUUUCGGGUGCAGCCAAAUUGGAGGAAUCUGGGGUAAAAAUCGAUACCGGUCUGUGGAGGUUUAAAGUUUGUCAGGAUGGAUGUCGCUCGGCAGUUAUUAGAUGAAUUGAUGGGGAGGAAUCGUAAUCUGGAUCCGUCCGUUAAAGGCAAGGAAUUGAACUGGGAGGAUGAGGAGUUUUGUACCUACUUUAUGGUGAAAUUUUGUCCACAUGAUCUGUUUGUAAACACCCGUGCGGAUCUUGGCCAAUGUGCCAAAUUGCACGAUGAGGAAGCGAAAAAGUUGUUUGACAAUGCGAAACCCUGCCGGAAGAAGAUCCAGUACGAGGAGGACUUUUUGCGAUUCUGCAGUAACAUGAUCAACGAGGUAGACCGGAAGAUAAUGAAAGGUAAGCAAAGGUUACUGUUGAUGAACAGCAAGCUGGAAGCGCGGCCCGUUUCCAAACAUCAGGACCAAAUCAACAAUCUGACCGAGAAAAUCAACAAGCUACUGAGGGAAGCCGAGGAAGCCGGCAUUCGGGGAGAUGUCGAGCAAGCACAGAGUCUCAUGCAAAUGAGCGACCAGUUGAUCGAGGAAAAAGACGCUCUCAUGCAGCAGCACGAAUCCAACGGCCUGUCGGUCACCGCCGAAAUUGCUGCCGCCCAGGAGAAACAGAUGGAGGUGUGCGAAGUGUGCGGAGCCUUUCUUAUCGUCGGUGACGCCCAGCAACGUAUCGAUGACCACCUUACUGGGAAGCAGCAUCUGGGCUACUCAAAACUUCGGAAAGCCGUCGAAGAAAUGCUGGAAGCUAAACGGAAGGGCUCAAGCAGAUCUGCUGACGAGAGGCGUCGUGAAGAGGUUGAUCACAGGCGCGAUCGACGGCGCGAUGAACGUCGCUCAAGGGAACGUGAUGAUCGCUACAGGCGUGAUGAUAGGCGCGACGAUAGACGCAAGGAUCGUAGAGAUACUCGUGAGCGGGAUCACGAGCGCUAUGAUCGGCGUGAUCGUGAACGGAACCGAGACCGACGUGACCAUAAGAGAUCCGAACGCCAUCGUAGUCGAAGUCAUUAGAGGAAUUGUUCUUCUAUAACCAUUGUUGAGCUCGAUGAGGAAGCUCACUCGUUUUAAUAUCAAUUGAAAGAGGUAUCCCAUGCUACACAAUUUAAAUACAAAGAUCCAUUUAAAGAAAACAAUCUUGAUUAAGGUAAGUGCGAUUGCAAAAUUUCAAUUUUUAAUCCAAUUUUCUCUUUCGUUUCCCAUUAUCGAUUGUGUCUCGCGAACAAUCAUUCCACCGAAUUGUAAAGGGUUUCCGUGGUUCAAAACUAGACAAACCUCAACUAUACGUUUAGUAAAAUGGCUUAGGAAAUCGGAAGCAAAUGUCCCUCUAGGGAUAAAUCGUCCCGCGCUACAGGUUAGUGAGUCGAACACAGAACGAAUAUUCUUAUUUCAUUAACCUUACAGGUCAAUUUUCUUAUAUUGGCUGAAGGGAACGUAAACUAAACGAAAAUUUGGUUGACGCCCAAGCGGUUUUAAUUCGAGCCGUUGGUUACCAAAGACAGGUAUCUCUAUCUGUUAAGUUGUUCUCUUCCAUAGAUUAAAUUUGUAGUUAGACGCCAAGCGAACAGAACGUUAACAGAAACUUCUCACGUUGGACAGCUGACGAGCUAACACAGCAUGUGUUCAGUGGCUUUUGUAGCAGUCAGAUGAAUCUAUGAGGUAUUUGCCAAAUGUCUUAUCAGCUAUUGAUGCGCAUUAGACAAUCACUGUACAUUUUUCAUAGUACAUUUCUGUAGGGUAAGGAUGUUACUAAUCCUUCAGCUACGGCAUGGACGAGCAGUGUUCCUUCAAAUCGAAAGGGGAUUUCUCAGAAAAGGUACUUGAUCUAUGAACACACAUCAUUUCGUUUUAAUCCAACAGAAUCCAAAUUCGAUGUAUGAUUUUCUAAUCAUACAUGCAUCACAUUGAUCACAUCAACGUUGCUGUUAGACCCUUUACCGGUUUCAUCGAACGGAAUUCAACUCGUUUAGUCAGGUAUUCACACAUAAUCAAUAUGCUGUCUUCUCUUAGUCUCAAUCUUUGGAAAAAAAGCUGAUGAAAAUACGAUUCCAUGACGUUUUCUGAAAUUCUUUGCUUUUGGUUUUAACACAAAUGUCUAUACAGUCGAAAUAUUUUUCUUUUAGUUUAUUUUGAUAGGUAUAAAUGAUUUUUUACGAUGAAGAGUAAAUAAAGAAAUCACUGUAAAUUAGUAAAAUCGAGCUUCAAAAUGGUAACACAAAAUUUGAUAUAUAAGUUAGUUAUAGAAUGAUGUUCAAAAGUUGCGAUGAAAAAUCCUAAGAAAACCCUAAGUUAAAAUAAAAACUGAGUAACUUUUUUCAUUUAACACCAAUAUAAACCAUCCAGUAAGGAACUUUUCAAAACGUCGUGGAGUCUUACCCUGAAAUGAUUCGAACAACAGGAUUACACCAAGUCUUAAUAAUUGUACUUAAUAACACAAUAUUCACCGACAACAUUGUUCGUGACUGGAAUCGUGAACGUGCUAUUCGACCGUUGUGAUGUUGCGGAUGCAUAAUGAGCAAAACACAUAGCGAUAUCGUCAACUAUUCGAGGUAAAUGUUUUGCUGAAGCAUACCCUAUAACUGCAAAAGUUGUCUCCAUUUCACGACAGGUGGUUUAGUAUGGCGGAUCAGUUGUAUAAAAUUCGUAACGGGUUGCGUGAUUCGGUACUUCUUCAAAUAGAACAUCAACACUGAGGUAAAUGUGCUGGCAUUUUUAAACUUCCUCCUUCCACCCGAUUUUGCUACAGUAUUCUGGUUGUUUCUUGGGUUGGCCUUUGUUCUGCCGCGAACCCACCCGAAGGUAUAACUACAUUUAACAUACUAUACCCUUGCUCUUCGGUUCUCAGUCCUAUUACGAAAAGGUAUUUGAAUCAAAAAUCUAAUUGUAAGACUACAAAUCUAUUAGGUAUUAAAUAUCUGAGCAUAUGAAAUGCUUGGUAGUUAAAUGUGAUAUCAAUUUCAAGUUUUUAAUAAGAUAUAAGACAGACACCCAUAUGUUAUAACGUUCAAUGAACCAUUUAUCUUCCGACAAGAAUUUCCCAAGGCAUCAACGUAUAUUAUUCGAGCAACAUAGAAUCGUUUAAUCGUAGACAGUUUAAAACUUAAGAACAAUCAACUUCAAUAGUCCGACAAUGAUCGAAAGUGUUAUUUGCGUCAGUGAACAGCGUAGAGAGGUUUGGAUAAGUCGCCAUCGUUUCCUGAGCAUUACAACGCAGAACCAGCUGGAAAUUACCGCUUAUCCAGGUACAGUGUUUUCAACAUUAUGCAUAUAAUAAUCUCUUCGAUAGAUGUCUGUAAAGCAUAAGCGAUUUGUUAAAGAAACCUCAAAAGCAUUUCUUCGUUCCCCAAACCAAGAAAUGUCAAAGCAAAAAAAUCAACAAGCUGCGCAAUUUUUAACUUUUAAUUUUGAUUCUGCAACCGCCCUGUUUGCGUAGUUUUUUUUUAUCUCGAAAAUAAUUUAUGACUCCAUCAAAAUAAAAAUCUCCCAGUUAAUAUAAUUUUGAUGUCGUACCUCUCUCUAAGAUUGUACCUCUUUAUCAUUUAUUUUUCUAGUACAAAUAUAAUGAUUUGUAUUGGAUAAAAGUAAUGUUUAAGAAACACUUAAAAUCCUUGAAAAUCAUGUUCGAAACAAAUAAAAUUAUAAUAAUACCACUUGUAAAAGUUUCAAGUGCCGAUGACAAAGCGUUGAAUUGCUAAACAUGAAUUGAAAGUAUUGAUUCUAGUAAUAUUUGAAUAUUUGUGAAGCAUACCAGAUUUGACCCUUGUCAGGGUGAACAGUAGCGUUGUCCAAUACAGAGUGCGGAAGUGUUUAAUAAAGUAAAAUUAACGAUUAAAUUUAAAA